GUGAGGCGGCUCCAGAACGUUCCGCCGCCGUUCCGCGCUCUCGUUCGCCGCCAUCGCCGCCGCCAUGAUGGGCCCGCGCCCCGUGCUCGUGCUCAGUCAGAAUGUGAAACGGGAGUCUGGAAGAAAAGUCCAGGCUGGGAACAUCACUGCUGCAAAGACCAUCGCUGACAUCAUCCGGACGUGCCUGGGGCCGAGGGCGAUGAUGAAGAUGCUGCUGGACCCCAUGGGAGGCAUUGUGAUGACCAACGAUGGCAAUGCCAUCCUGAGGGAGAUCCAAGUGCAGCACCCUGCUGCCAAGUCCAUGAUUGAGAUCAGCCGCACUCAGGACGAGGAGGUCGGGGAUGGGACCACGUCUGUCAUUAUCCUUGCUGGAGAGAUGCUCUCUGUUGCUGAGCACUUCCUGGAGCAGCAAAUGCACCCAACCGUCAUCAUCGGCGCUUACCGCAAGGCUCUGGACGACAUGAUCCACGUCCUGAAGAAGAUCAGCACCCCGGUGGAUGUGAACAACAGAGAGAUGAUGCUGAAAAUCAUCAAGAGCGCCAUAAACACCAAAGCCAUCAACCGCUGGUCCGAGCUGGCCUGCAGCAUCGCUUUGGACGCCGUCAGGACGGUGGAGCUGGAGGAAAAUGGCCGAAAGGAGAUCGAUAUCAAGAAAUACGCCAAAGUGGAGAAGAUCCCUGGUGGUUUCAGUGAGGAUUCGUGUGUGCUGCGCGGCAUCAUGGUGAACAAGGACGUGACGCACCCCAGGAUGCGGCGCCUCAUCAAGAACCCCCGCAUCGUGCUGCUGGAUUGCUCACUGGAGUACAAGAAAGGAGAGAGCCAGACCGACAUUGAGAUUACACGGGAGGAGGACUUUGCGCGCAUCCUGCAGAUGGAGGAGGAAUACAUCCAGCAGAUCUGCGAGGACCUGCUGAGGGUGAAGCCCGACCUGGUCAUCACCGAGAAGGGCAUUUCGGACCUGGCCCAGCAUUACCUGAUGAGAGCCAACAUCAGCGCCGUCCGCAGGGUGAGGAAGACGGACAACAACCGCAUCGCCAGGGCCUGCGGGGCCCGCAUCGUCAGCCGCACCGAUGAGCUGCGGGAGGAGGACGUGGGCACCGGCGCCGGGCUGUUCGAGGUGAAAAAGAUUGGAGAUGAGUACUUUGCUUUCAUCACCGAAUGCAAGGACCCCAAAGCCUGCACCAUCGUCCUGCGUGGGGCCAGCAAGGAGAUCCUGGCGGAGGUGGAGCGCAACCUGCAGGACGCCAUGCAGGUGUGCCGCAACGUGUUGGUGGACCCCCAGCUGGUGCCAGGAGGAGGGGCUGCAGAGAUGGCGGUGUCCCACGCGCUGACGGAGAAGUCCAAAGGCAUGACGGGGGUGGAGCAGUGGCCCUACAGAGCGGUGGCGCAGGCGCUGGAGGUCAUCCCACGCACGCUCAUCCAGAACUGCGGUGCCAGCACCAUCCGUGUGCUCACCUCGCUGCGGGUGAGGCGCCUGGCUCCUGUGGGGCAGCUCUUCCGGUCUGCUUCUGCUGCCCCGUGGCUCCUGUGGGGCAGCUCCUUUCCCCUGCUCCUGUGGAGCUCUUCCUCCUGCCCCCCCAGCUCCCAUGGGAGCUGAUCCUUCCUCCCCCCA